UUCUAUUUGUGCUUUAAUAUUUUGGGGUUUUUUUCUGUGUGUUCUAGGUCAGAAUGUGAAACGUGAGUCUGGAAGGAAAGUCCAGGCUGGAAACAUCACUGCUGCUAAGACCAUUGCUGACAUUAUCAGAACAUGUCUGGGGCCAAGAGCUAUGAUGAAGAUGCUUCUGGACCCCAUGGGGGGGAUCGUGAUGACCAACGAUGGCAACGCCAUCCUUCGAGAGAUCCAGGUCCAGCAUCCAGCUGCCAAAUCCAUGAUUGAGAUCAGCCGCACCCAGGAUGAGGAGGUUGGAGAUGGGACCACAUCUGUGAUCAUCCUGGCUGGAGAGAUGCUCUCUGUUGCUGAGCAAUUCCUGGAGCAGCAGAUGCACCCAACUGUGAUCAUCGGGGCUUAUCGCAAGGCCCUGGAUGACAUGAUCAGCAUCCUGAAGAAAAUUGGCACUCCAGUAGAUGUAAACAACAAGGAGAUGAUGCUGAAAAUCAUCAAGAGUGCCAUCAACACCAAGGCCAUCAACCGCUGGGCCGACCUGGCCUGCAGCAUCGCGCUGGAUGCCGUCAGGACCGUGGAGUUGGAGGAAAAUGGCAGGAAGGAGAUUGAUAUAAAAAAAUAUGCCAAAGUGGAAAAGAUUCCAGGUGGAUUCAGUGAAGACUCGUGUGUCCUGCGUGGGAUCAUGGUGAACAAGGACGUCACCCACCCCCGGAUGAGGCGCCUCAUCAAGAACCCCCGCAUUGUCCUGCUGGACUGUUCCCUGGAGUACAAGAAAGGAGAGAGCCAGACCGACAUUGAAAUCACACGGGAGGAGGAUUUUGCCCGCAUCCUGCAGAUGGAGGAGGAGUACAUCCAGCAGAUCUGUGAGGACCUGGUGAGAGUCAAACCUGAUCUGGUCAUCACAGAGAAAGGAAUUUCUGACUUGGCCCAGCACUACCUGAUGAAGGCCAACAUCACCGCCAUCCGCAGGGUCAGGAAGACAGACAACAACAGGAUUGCCAGGGCCUGCGGGGCUCGCAUCGUCAGCCGCACCGACGAGCUGCGGGAGGAGGACGUGGGCACUGGAGCCAGGCUCUUUGAGGUGAAAAAAAUAGGUGAUGAGUAUUUUGCCUUCAUCACUGAUUGCAAAGAUCCCAAGGCUUGCACCAUCAUUCUGCGUGGAGCCAGCAAGGAGAUCCUGGCGGAGGUGGAGCGGAACCUGCAGGACGCCAUGCAGGUCUGUCGCAACGUCCUGGUGGACCCGCAGCUGGUGCCAGGAGGGGGAGCCACCGAGAUGGCCGUGGCCCAUGCACUGACAGAGAAGUCCAAGGGCAUGACUGGUGUGGAGCAGUGGCCCUACAGGGCAGUGGCCCAAGCUCUGGAAGUCAUUCCCCGGACGCUGAUCCAGAACUGCGGCGCUAGUACCAUCCGUGUGCUGACCUCACUGAGGGCCAAGCACACUCAGGAAGGCAGCCAGACCUGGGGGGUGAAUGGUGAGACUGGAGCCCUGAUGGACAUGAAGGAGCUGGGGAUCUGGGAGCCACUGGCAGUCAAACUGCAGACCUACAAAACAGCAGUGGAGACUGCAGUUCUCCUGCUCCGCAUCGAUGACAUCGUGUCUGGGCACAAAAAGAAGGGGGAUGAUCAGAGCAAACACGCGGCGGCGCCAGAGGCGGCCCAGGAGUGA